AUGGAAUACGAGUUACGGAACUUUUAUGCUACCAAUGUAGGGAAACUUCUUCUUGCUCUAUCCCUGCAUGGAAAAGAUCACAAUCCAGCUGAAGCUAGUCAUUCGUUGUAUUCAGAAGGUAAAAUCGGUCCAUCUCAUGAUACCCAAGUUCAUGCACCUGAUUCUACAUCCAAAAAGACACUUGAUGGGAAACAUUUGAUAAAGGCACUCGCUGGCCGUUUGGAAAAAUUCCUGUACAAAAAGGAUAAAACAUCCCGUAAUGAAAGUCCAUCAGAGUUAUCUACUCCAUCCGAUUACGAAGAUUGUAAAAUGGAGCUUCCCAGCUCCUCCAAUUUCCAGGAAUUGAUGGAGCUCUUGCAAUCCAAGAAUGAAAACGUACAUAUGCCUGAUAAUCUCCAAGGUGGCAUCCUAAUCGACCAGACAUACGAGGUUUCACCAAAGGAUCUAAAUAUGGUUAUAUUUGCUCCCGAUUCAGAGUUCAAGAUGAAUUUAGCUGACUUUGUGAGCACAGCAGAUGUCCCGUAUGGAAACACUUUCAAAGUACAAUUGCUUUAUAAGAUAAUGCCAGGUGUUAUGUUAUCAUCCGAGAACCAGUUGGCUCGUCUUGUCGUGUCUUUUUCUGUCAACUUUAGUCAAAGCACGAUGAUGAAAGGGGUGAUCGAGAGUGGGGUAAAGCAGGGACUGAAAGAAAGUUUCGAUCAAUCUCAGCCUUGUUGUCUCAAAAGUUCAAAGUUGUCAAAGCUAGUUCGGACAAAGAACAGGACAAUUAUGGGCUUGUGGAGAACAACAAUAGAAGCAGAUCAUAAGGCUGAAUUUGCAGACGAGCAGGUGGAUGAUGAUGAGAAGCCUUUUCUAAUUGAUGACACUGGAUCAUAUCUGGUCGUUGACGAUGCAAAGUUGACCAAUGUUAUAUAG